CGGGCUUGCGGGGACAUGGAGCCCAGGCCGGAGGCCCCGGGCGCCCAAGGCUGGGGGCCUCGGGGCGCUGCGGCGGCGGGGCGGGGGACGGGCACGGCCGCGGAGCUCGUGUACCACCUCGCGGGGGCCCUGGGCACCGAGCUGCAGGAGCUGGCGCGCCGCUGCGGGCCCGAGGCGGCCGCGGGACUGGUGCCGCUCGUGGUGCGGGCUCUGGAGCUCCUGGAAAAGGCUGCCGUGGGGCCGAGCCCGGACUCGGUGUCGGCGCAGCAGGCCGAGCUGGAGCUGCGGCGGCUGCGGGAGGAGAACGAGCAGCUCCGCGCCCAGCUGCUCGCCGGGCCCCAGGAGGAGCGCGCUCUGCUGCGGAGACUCAAGGAGGUGACGGACCGGCAGCGGGACGAGCUCCGAGCGCACAACCGGGACCUCCUGCAGCGCAGCCAGGAGACCGAGGCCCUGCAGGAGCAGCUCCAGCGCCUCCUGCUGGUGAACGCGGAGCUGCGGCACAAACUGGCGGCGGUGGAGACCCAGCUGCGCUCGGCACGUGACCGCGAGAGGGAGCGGCAGCCCGUCCCCGAGCCCGCGCGGGAGCCGGGGCUGGAAUCUGCGGGUACUGGGCCCUCGGGGUCCCCUGACGCGCCGGUGGGUGCUUCCCAGCAACCAGGCUCCUCUUCCAAGGCAGAGCCAUGCACCGGCUUCAGUCGAGAGGAGGUUGAGCAGAUACUCAAGGAGCGGAAUGAACUCAAAGCCAACGUAUUCCUGCUGAAGGAGGAAUUGGCCUAUUUCCAACGGGAGCUGCUCACAGAUGCCCGGGUCCCUGGCCUUCUGCUGGAAGCCAUGAAGGUGGCUGUCAGGAAGCAGCGGAAGAAGAUCAAGGCCAAGAUGUUGGGGACCCCAGAGGAAGUGGAGAGCAGCGAUGAUGAAGAUGGCUCAUGGCUCCUGAUCUCCGGCGAUAAGGAAGACCCUCCAGCCCCCGAGUCCAGAAUCCAGAAUUUUUUCGGCCUAUGGUAUCGUGGCACGGCAGAGGCCCCAGAGGCAGAGACCAGCAGCACAGCCUCCUGCGCUCAGGGGGCAGAAGAGGAGGCCUCACAGUCAACCACUCUGGUGUCUGGGGGCAGCCCCGCAAGCCCCAACUCCUGACCGGCCCUGUACCGGUUUCAGCGAACAUUUGGGGGUGGGGGGGUCUCAGCUGUCCCCGAGGCCAGACACUGGAACCGGGCCGCAGAUGGAUGUGUGACCUCAAAUGAGGACAGGGUUCCAUUUUAACCGCAUACUUACCUAGGCUGGACAGUGGAGGGCAGACAGGAGGGCCGCCACCUUCCUUCCCAUGCCUUGGGGCCCAGCCCCCCCCCGCCCCCCCAUGCAGAUGAAAGCUUUUCCUCUCUCUUCCCCAUCCAUGGAACUGAAACCAUCACCUGCCACUCUUCAGCCGAUGGUCUGAGCUAUCCUAAUAAAGUCUACAAUACCAGACA